CUUUGACACACUUUAAACACGACAAUGACAGUUAUUUCACAAACAAUUCCCAACAGGUUCGAACAACAACAAUAUUGCAUGUGAUCGUUAUUGUUUUUUAAGUAGCGAAGGUGUGCAGUGAGAUGAGAGGAUGCCCGCGUCGAUAGGUGUGAAUUUACGUGUGACCGGCCACUGCAGGCAGGGCGGCCGCAAAUACAUGGAGGACUAUUUCACGGUCGCCUAUCAGCAGACCGACGACGAAAAGGAUUUGGAGUACGCGUUCUUCGGCAUCUACGAUGGGCACGGGGGCGCCGAGGCCGCGAUAUUCGCCAAGGAGCAUCUGAUGGAGACCAUCAUCAGGAACAAGAACUUCUGGUCGGAUGAUGAUGAGGAUGUGCUACGGGCCAUCAAAGAGGGGUACAUCUCCACGCAUUACGCGAUGUGGCGCGAACAAGAAAAGUGGCCAAAGACAGCGUCAGGUUUACCGAGUACCGCAGGAACCACUGCCAGUGUGGCUUUCAUAAGGCGUGGCAAAAUAUACAUUGGACACGUUGGUGAUUCUGGAAUAAUUCUAGGUUAUCAAGAUCCGGAUAGCACAAACUGGAAAGCCAGGCCCUUAACCAGGGACCACAAGCCGGAGAACGCCGAAGAAAUGACCAGAAUCGAGAACUGCGGCGGCAAAGUCGUGGCCAAGUCGGGCGUACCACGAGUGGUGUGGAACCGCCCCCGGAUAGGGCACAAAGGACCGGUCCGCCGUUCCACCCCCAUCGACGAGAUCCCCUUCUUGGCCGUGGCCCGGAGUUUGGGCGACCUGUGGUCCUACAACUCAGCCCUGAACCGCUUCGUCGUGUCCCCCCAUCCGGACUGUACGGUGCUAAAGAUCGACACCACCACCCACCGUUGCCUGAUCUUCGGCACCGACGGUCUGUACAACAUGAUCAGCCCGCAGAUGGCCGUGCUGAUCGUGCAGCAUGCGGAACGCCACAACGAACAGGCGGCGAUGAGCGACUUCAAGAAGUCCUGGCAGAACCCGAGCAAAAUGCUGGUGGAGCACGCCCUGCAGCGGUGGCACACCACCAAGAUGCGGGCCGACAACACGUCGGCCAUCACCUUGAUGCUGGACCCGCCCGGGCCACCGAGGGCGCAGGUGCUCAAGGACCGGAAGAAGGCUGCGUAUCCGGACCGUGGACUCAAGAUAGUCACCCGCUACGAGGACGGGGACAACUCCAACUGUCUAAACGAGGCAGAACUCGACAAUCAAAUGGAUACAACCAUUGAACCGGAGACGGAAAACGCCCAACCAUCUACAGACGAGAACGCCGCCCCCAUACAAAAGCCGCCGCCGGUGACCUGUGCCCCGGAACUGCCCUCCGUCACGUCCAGCGACAGCCCCGCCACCACCUCAACUAGUUUCCCCCUGAAAGAACGGAACUUCGUGCCCAAGCCGAGGGAGAGCACCAGCUUCGACCCGCGCGAGACUCGCCCCAGUCCCGACCACCUGAACGCCGCCACCGACAAGGAGAACCAGUCGUUCGCCGCCCCCGACGACUCGAUCCAAAUACACGAGAUCUCGUCCAGCUCGAACGACCUGGAAGUGUGCGACACCACCACGGAGACGGAGGUGGUGAAGCACAACCUGCGAAGCUCCAGCAAGCCCAAGUCGUCGCCCCAGGUGGAGGAGCAGCACAAGAACACCAAACAACUGAAACGUAGGUGCGCCAGCGAGGAAAACGUGGUGCCUAGGAAGAGCAUGCGUCUGGAGGACAUACAGAAGAACUCCCCCAAGUGGAUGGACGACAGACCCAAAGCCACGCGUUCGUCGCUGAGUGCGAAAGCGUCCAAAAUGAGCAUCGCCCAGAAAAUACUGAAGAGCAAGAAGCUGUCGUUCAAAAAGAAGGACAAAAUCAACAAGAACCUGACCAAGAGUAAGAUACAGUUGGUGUUGGAGACUGUCAAGAGGGUGCAAAAGAAAAUGCCGGUGGUGGAGAAGAAGCCGAAAGAAGUUAAGAAGCCUGUGGCAGUCAAGAAGGCACUAACGGAGCAGAGAACUAAGGUGGUGACGGGCAAGCUGUCGAACCAUUUCCAAAGACGCUCCCUCCGUGCUACACAAAGGAAGCCCCAAACUGGUACAAACGCCGCUCACAAACCAAGUGAUAAAAGUGCAAAGAUAGUUUUAAGAAAUAGUAAAGCUGGAACGUCGCCUGCCGCCGAACGGACGGGGCUGCGGAAGCAGAAGCCGGAGAAACAGGAGACCAAGGUCAAGACGCUGCGGAAACAGAUCCAGCAGAAGACGGCGACGUUGAAGAGACGUGUGAUCAGCUCACGCAAAUGAAUUUUAUGUAGAAACGACAGAGAGAGAGAGAAGAGGAUAUUUUUUAUUGUAUAGUUUUUAUAGAUUUUAUCGAUAUAUUUGGCGGCUGAAGAUGGAUCGGACUGUAAUUGUGUGGGGAGCACCGACUGACGUAACUCAUUUUGUAGUUUACACCCUUUAUGAUUGGUUCGAUCAUGUUUUACAGCACAUAACGGACUACAAAAUGGGAAUACGAGCUCGGCCACCUCCUGAAUAUUGCCAAAUUUUGAUUUGUACAGAAUGAUGAUUGUUUUAGAUCGAUUGAUUUUCGGCCACUGCCAAGAUAAACGUGAUUUUUAUUGUAAAAAUGUACUGAUAAUUUGUGACUUUCUAAAACUGUGGGUAGUUUCACCUGUUGAAAUGUUUAUUGUUACUUUACGUAUAAUGGAAAUUGUUUUGCCCCCAUGAAUUUCACAAAGUCUUUCAGAAAUUAAGUUUAACUGAAUUCUUUUACUUUAUAUUAUUAUGGCGAAAAGUGAAAAUAUCCACACCAGUCAAAUUGUUAUUAAUUUAAGUUAGAUAUAAGAUUCUUGUUAUUUUUCUACAUAUCUACUAUAUUGUAUAGUACCUCCUUUCGUAGUUCUUGAACUUUUAAUGGUUUAUUUAUUUAAUGGAUUUUUUGUUUGCUGUGUUUUAUUCGAUUGAUAAUCAACAGAUUGAUUAAUUCAAAAGUGAUAGUUCUCUAAAUACGGAUUAAGUGUAAUUGCAUGGUCUCAGGGAAGAUGAGUUUACUAAAGAAUAAUCCGUGUUUGAUGUUCUUUUGAAUUCUGUUUUAGUUGACAAUUAAAUCUACUUAUGUGUUAACAAGUGUUCAUUUUCAUCAUAAUUGUGAAAUCACAAUUUAGUUUAAUAUUUUAUGGCUAUUUUAAACCUGCGAGUUGAUUUUUUCAGAAUAAAUCUGUGCCUUCGGUUACCAAAAAAAAAGCAAAAAAUAUAAAUCUGCAGUACGUUUAGGCAAAAGAGUUAUAUUUGUAAGAAAUUUAUUAAAUAAAUUUAUAGUUCGAU